CCCCGUCCGGGGUUGGAGAGGGAGGCUCGGCGUGGGCCUCGGCGCGGUGGCUGUGCCCGGCCUAGGCUCGCUGGGGCCGGGGGGAGCGCGAGUGCUGGUCGGAUCCCGGGCGACCGCGCGGUCAUGGCCGACUACUGGAAGUCUCAACCAAAGAAAUUCUGUGAUUACUGCAAGUGCUGGAUAGCAGACAAUAGGCCUAGCAUUGAAUUUCAUGAAAGAGGAAAGAAUCAUAAGGAAAAUGUGGCAAAAAGGAUCAGUGAGAUUAAACAGAAAAGCCUGGAUAAGGCAAAAGAAGAAGAAAAAGCAUCAAAGGAGUUUGCUGCAAUGGAGGCAGCUGCUCUGAAAGCAUACCAGGAGGAUUUGAAAAGGCUUGGCUUAGAAUCAGAUAUUCCAGAGCCAAGCAAAUCACCAAUAGCCAGCACUACCCCACCCACCUCUUCAUCAAAUCAACAGAAAGAAAAGAAGAAAAAGAAGAAAAAAGAUCCUUCAAAGGGUAGAUGGGUAGAAGGCAUAACUUCUGAAGGUUACCAUUACUAUUAUGAUCUCAUCACAGGAGCAUCUCAGUGGGAGAAACCAGAAGGAUUCCAAGGAAACUUAAAAAAGGCAACAGAAAAGUCCAUUUGGGUAGAAGGUUUAAGUGAAGACGGUUAUACCUAUUACUACAAUGUAGAAACAGGAGAAUCCAAAUGGGAAAAACCUGAUGACUUUAUUCCACGUGUUGGUGAUGUGCCUUCUAAAAGUACAGUAGAUGAAAAAUCAGUUGGCUCUCUGGAAAAAUCCAAAUCUUCAGUUUCACGUAGUGACUCCACUGGAGAACAAGAGGCAGAAGGAGAGAUUCCAACAGAAAGAGAAAAGCUAAAAAUAACGUUUAAGGAAAAAAAUAAAAACAGUAACAAAAGAACAGAGCCAGAAUCAAAGAAAGAAAAACCUACUCAAAAACAGAAUUCAAGUCCAAAGGAAGAAAAAUCCAAACCUCUUAAAAAAACAAACCCAUAUGGAGAAUGGCAAGAAAUCAAACAAGAGGUUGAAUCUCAUGAGGAUGUAGAUUUAGAACUUCCAAGCACUGAAAAUGAGUAUGUAUCAACUUCAGAAGCUGAUGUUGUGGAACCCAAAGUAGUAUUUAAAGAGAAAACAGUCACUUCACUUGGAUUUGCAGCAGAUGGAGUAGCCCCAGUCUUCAAAAAGAGAAAAUUAGAAAAUGGAAAAGCUAGAAAUUUAAGGCAGAGAGGUGGUGAUGAUCAGUAGUUGCAAAGGCUUUUAUAUAUGUAUUGGACAGAUUCUGUUUGCUUCAAAAAACUUGGAUGCUAAAAAUUUAGAUUUGUUCUAAAUGUAUUUUUUGUGGAUUAAAAUAAAUCUUUUUUCAUGUGAAAUUAUUUUUUUUGUUCCUAAAUGGAAACAUAUAUCACAUUGCAUUGUAAUACAGUGUAUUGUUCAAUGUCUAAAAAUUGCUAAUUAUGUAAUAAUUUAAGAUGCUAUGUAUCUGUUAUUUUAAAACAUGAAAAAAAUAGACCUCUAUUCCACUCUUACCCAUAUGAACCUAUUUAUCUUGCAUUGAAAAUGCAUUAUUUUUACACACAAAUAUUAACUGUGAUCUGAGAAGUAAAAAUCAGACCAGAGAAGAUUUACAGCCCUGGUGACAGUGGAACUUGAGAAUCCUAUCAGGUUAAGGUAGAAAAUGUGUAUAUACUGGUUUACCUUACUUAAUUUAUAGUCAAAGGCCAGAGCAGCUCGGGUACUUCAAAUGCAGAGUAUAAAAUGGAGCAAUCACUGGACCAAAGGCAGAAAUGCUGAUUUGCCCCAGUCAGUGUGGAAAGCAACAAAGCAUUACUUAAGCAUUAAAGUGUCAUACUAGGAAUCAGGGAUUUAAAGGUGAAAGAAAUAGCCCUGUUACCCAGCAGUUCACAGUUCCCCAGUCAUUUGAUCUUUUUAGCAGCCUUAUGUGUAGUGGAAAAUCCUUGUAAGGUUUAUUUAAAUCUAUAUAGAUAAAGGCUUGAACUAAAAUAAUUAGUAAGGUCUCUAAUUUCAGUGAAAGUUUUCAAUAUUCAACAGUUUAGAAAUUUCCCUAUUGUUGGUAAGAUUUCUUAAAAAGUAGAACUUUAAUCUAUUUGAGGUAGAUAUCUCACUUUAUUUUUGCAUAUUCUUAAAGUGAUAUUUUUCAUAAAUUGAACAGUAUUUAAAUUUUGGUAGCAAAUAUUUGUCUUUUUAUGAUUACUAGUGAAUAUGUAAUAAAACAGUAGUUUAUUAAAAACUUCAUGAAAGUAAAUGAAA